AUGCCAAAACGUGCUCCAGAUGAUCAAGCUCCAGAAGGGCCGCCACAGAAGCGAUCCCGGCGGUCUACUGAACCUGAUCGAUUGUCACCACUCAGUGACGAGCUAGCCCUUCACAUUCUUAGUUUCCUGCCUAUACGGUCCUUGAUAACGUGUCAACGAUUAUCCCGACGAUUUCACAUCCUCGCGGGGGAUUCUGAGCUGUGGAAGCGAAAGUAUUAUUCCCGCUGGAUAUUACCGCGUGCUCGACGAGUUCGGCAACUCAGCAAUAUUGGCGUAUCCGGCGGACACACGGCAUAUUCCUCCAGGGUGGUCAAAUGGCUAGACCGUGGACGGUCAUGGCAGGAAGGCCGGGAGAUCGAUUGGAUGAAGGAGUACCGUCUGCAGCAUAAUUGGUCACGGGGAAACUGUCGGAUCAGAGAACUGGAAGUCGCGCAACCGCCUAUUCCACCAGUAUUGGUAAAUCUACACAACGGAAUCGUGUUUACUGCCGACGUAAGAAACGGCCUGCGGGCGUGGUCAACGAAAGAUACAGAAAGGCUACUGGCUGGUGUUUCGUUCGCCGACGAGCUCCACUUGGCAAUCCCAACAGCCAUAACGGUUUCUUCUGAUAAUGGAAAAGUCAAUGUGGUUGUCGGUUUUCAGAACGGCCUCCUUGCGAUAUAUACAUUGGACCGGGAUACCAAAAUGCUCAUUCGUCGUCCGGCCCACUUCAAAUCUGAAGAUGGCGAGAUCACUGCUCUCGCCUCGUGCCCAGACUAUCUACUUUUGCUGCGAAAGAAUGAGAUGCUUUCUCUAUACCGGGUGACCGCUGAUUUUGCCCUCCGGCUCGUCGAAACCCUUCAAGCCAGCAAUAUCCGGGCGCCGCUUACCUUGUCAAUGCGCACUGUAGGGACACAGGUCAUUGCAUCUAUCGCCUAUAGCUUUCCUCGAAUUGGAUGUGGCUGGUCUGUCGGCUUACAAGAACUCCGGUGGGAUGAAAGCGGUGAAAACCUGGGAUCCCACCUCGCUACACCACUUGAUACUCAACAUACAAGUUUUCCAGGUAAACUGAAGGGUGCAACGAAGCGAUUUGAAAACACAUUUGCCGCGCCGCAGCAAGUAUCUUUUCAGUAUGCGUCGCAUAUGCAGCCACCCACAUCUCUAUCCUAUUCUCAUCCUUAUUUAUUGGCUGCGCAUGCUGAUAAUACUCUGACGGUGUACUUGGUGUUGUCGACUGCAGAGGGAUUGACUAUCAGCCCUCCUCGUCGCCUAUGGGGCCACACAUCUGCGGUUUCCGGAGUUCAAGUUGGCGGGCGGGGUAAAGCGGUGUCUGUGAGCUCCAGAGGCGACGAUAUUCGCAUUUGGGAAUUGGAAGAAUUGGUUUCAUCGCCAUUGAUGGCAAAAAGGCUGCGGCUACGAGACCGUGGCAUUCAGCUCAGUCCCGAAAGAGUCAAGAGUGAGAGUACCAGUUUAAUAAGCCCGCAUAGUACGCAAAAUGUGCUACUUGACGUUGGAACAAGUCUAUGGCUUGCUCAAAGGGAUACUCUGAGCGAAUUGACGAAAAUCAACGGGCUAGUUGGCUUCGACGAUGAGCAGGUUGUCGUGCUUCGCGAGCAAGACCUUGGGACCCAACUUCUUGACUGCUACGAUUUCACAUAG